AUGUCUAGUACGCCACAAUUUCGCUUGACGAUCGAGGACGGCCAGUUCCGUGACCGCAAGGGCCGCACCGUCGUCCUCCGCGGCAUCAACCUUGCAGGUGACGCAAAGCUGCCCAGCGAACCAGACCAGCCCUCCCAUGUUGGCACCGACUUUUUCGACGGCGACAGCGUCAAGUUUCAUGCUCGCCCAUUCCCAAAAGACGAAGCCCACAUUCACUUUUCACGCCUCAAGCGUUGGGGCUUCAACACCAUCCGCUAUGUCUUUACCUGGGAGGCGCUCGAGGCUGCGGGGCCGGGUCGCUACGACGAGGAGUUUAUUCAGCACACAAUCGACAUUUUGAGGCUCGCCAAGGGCUACGGCUUCUAUGUUUUCAUGGACCCGCACCAGGAUGUUCGCGACGAAAAGUGGAAGAUGGGCGAGUGUCUGUGGGCGCAGCUCGGCGUGUGGGAUCCCAAGACGGACACGCUCCUUAAGAAGGACUAUUUCAAGAAGAACCCCAGGACGGGACUCGAAUACACGUUCCCGAACUGGACGCAGACGCACUUUAUGGACGGAUACCGACGGUACAGAGACGCCAUCCGAGCGAUCCACACCGACUGCAUCAUGAUCAUGCAGUACCCGACCCUCGAGCUGCCGCCCAAGAUCAAGGGCACCGAAGACGAUGACCCGAAUAUGGCUUUUGCGCCGCACUGGUACGACGGCAUUACGCUCAUGACGAAGAAGUGGAACAAGCUCUGGAAUGUUGACGUGGUGGGCGUGUUGCGGGGACGGUACUGGACACCGGCGCUGGCAGUCAAGGUGGGCGAGACGGCGAUCCGCAACUGCUUCAGGGACCAGCACAAUUACUUGUACAAGGAGGGCAAGGAGCACCUAGGCAACCACCCGUGCAUCAUGACGGAGUUUGGCAUUCCCUACGACAUGGACGACCACUACGCGUACAAGACGGGCGACUACACGAGCCAGUCUGCAGCAAUGGACGCCAACUAUUUCGGCGUCGAGGGUUCGGGCAUGGAAGGCCACUGUCUUUGGCUUUACACAGUGUCGAACACGCACGAAUACGGCGACCAGUGGAACGGCGAGGAUCUUUCCAUCUUCUCCCACGACGACAAGCUUUUGCCAACGUCACCGCUGCCGCCGCACCUUGACCCCAACGAGAAUUCGGUCAAGGAUCUCAUGACGGGCGACGGCGCACGCAACCUGCCGAACGAUUUCGUGGUCACGCCGGGCAACCUCGAGUCGAGCAUGCGCAGCCCUUCAAUCUCCUCGGCGCCUUCGGGCAAGGACCCGGAGAUCUCGAACGCACCGGGGUUUCCGGGCGGCCGAGGCUACAAGCUCCGCAUCAGGUCCGACUUCCCGCCAUCAGACGACGCGCCAACGAUUGUGUUUGUGCCGGAGCACCACUUCCCCAAGGACAACUGCCAGGUGACGGUGUCGUCGGGCAAGUGGGAGCUCAGCGAGGACGCGGACGCGGAGGAGCCGUCGGCGCCGCAGCUACAGAGGCUCAAGUGGUGGCACGGCGACGGCGAGCAGACGCUGCGGCUCAACGGGCUGGUACGGAGGCACAACCUGCCGAACGAGGGCACAGACGAGGAGCAGGGGUAUCUGGACCAGUGCAGGCAGCAGUACGGGACGUGCAGCCUCAUUGCUUCGUCAGUGCGUGCCGUCUUGACAGCACGCUGGGAUGGGUCCGUCUGGUGGAAGGCAUGGCGUGUGGAAUGUAUGGAUGCGGCUAGACGUCUCAGGCGGAUUCAAGGUGCCGAGGCGGAGGGGUGUACAUGUGCAUCCCCAGCCUCUCUUCGCCCAGUCGACAGGCGCCCUCUCGGCCUCGCCACGGACCACGAAAUUCGGCCACCGCUCCCGCAACAGCACCGACUCGGUCUCGUCGAACCUCGCCAUCUAUGGCUCAGGCGUGCCGCCCGGCGCGAGCCAGCUGCUGCGGAGUGGCAACCUCAACGAGAUGAUCUCCACAAGCCCGCGGGAUGGCCCCAACGGCGGGGGCAGCCGUCCCUCGCCGCAGGAUCGGGCUCCGAGCCCCCUUCGGCCAAGGACCCCAAGAGCAAGUUCAGCUUCCUGUCGCGCAAGAAGAAGCAGCAGCAGCGAACGACGGCACGCUCGCGAGCCCCCACGACGACUUUGAGUCGCCCACGUCGCCCAACUACCUUUUCAAGGCAAAUUCGUUUGGUUCCAAGAGCGGCAACCCCGGGAACGGGCGGCCCGACCUCAGCCUGCCCCCCCCCUCGAGCUUCGGCCCUGCCCGACACGACGACGAACGACACCCAGCCCCGGCCGCGGGGCAAAAAAUCUUUGUCCUCGCCACCAUGA